AACAAACAUCAUUCACUUCUUGUGUCCACUUCUAAAAAGAAUCAACCUCCAAACAACAUUUAUUGUAACAAUAUGGCUUUCAAAUUUGUCUUCGCACUUGCUUUUAUUGCUGUGGCUAGCGCUGGUUAUAUUCCAGCCGCUCAAGUUUAUCAUGCUUCUCCCGUUGCUGUACAUGCUGCUCCAGUAGCUGUUGCACAAAAAGUUGUUGUAAAAUCUGAAGAAUACGAUCCUCAUCCACAGUACAAAUACUCAUAUGGUGUUGAAGACAAAUUGACCGGUGAUUCCAAAAGCCAAGUUGAAGAACGUGAUGGUGAUGUAGUGCGUGGUGAAUAUUCCUUGAUUGAUGCUGAUGGUUACAAACGUACUGUACAAUACACAGCUGAUGAUCAUAAUGGCUUCAAUGCUGUCGUACAUCGUGAACCACUUGCUGCACCAACUGUGGUCAAAACUGUUGCUCCAGUUGCUCAUUAUUCCGCUCCUACUGUUGUCAAAACAGUUGCUCCAGUAACUCAUUAUUCUGCUCCAACUGUUGUAAAAACAGUUGCUCCAGUUGCUCACUACACCGCACCCACAUAUGUUAAAACUGUUGCCCCAGUUGCUCAUUAUGCAGCUCCUGUACAAUACACCUCUUAUGCCGCUCCUUCUUACAAUUAUCACCAUUAA